AUGUUAAUUUACAUUUCUCGACACAAUUAUUCAAUUUUAAGAAGGACUAGAGGAGACUUUUAUAAAAAAUGCCGGCUUCAGAAUCGAUGUUUUUGCGAACAAAAGCAAUCUGACAAAUUACCUCACAAAGGAAUGGUUGUUUCUGCUUUAAAAGAAAUUAAUUCAGAGGAACAUCGAGUUUCGUUGACUCCCUUAGCUGCAAAUACUUUACUUAAACGAGGAAUCAAUGUUAAAGUUGAAAAAGGAGCAGGCUUGUUAGCCUCAAUUUCUGACGAAGAAUUUACAAAAAUAGGCGCCAAAAUUGUGGAUAAACAAGAGGCUGUUUCUGCCGAUGUUUUACUUAAAGUUCGCUGCCCAGAGGCCUCGGAAGUUUCUUCAUUUCGCAGUCACUCAACUCUAAUUUCUUUCAUUUUCCCUGAAAACAACAAAGACGUUGUUGAUUUACUUGCUCAACGUAAAAUGAAUGUUUUUGCAAUGGAUAAAGUUCCUAGGAUUUCGAGGGCUCAGGGAUUUGAUGCACUCAGUUCUAUGGCUAACAUUGCUGGAUACAAAGCUGUAAUCGAGGCAGCAAACAAUUAUGGGAAAUUUUUCUCUGGACAAAUUACUGCUGCUGGAAAGAUUCCUCCGGCUAAGGUGCUAGUUGUUGGAGGAGGCGUUGCUGGAUUAAGCGCAAUUGCAACAGCCAAAAAUUUGGGCGCCAUUGUUAGAGGAUUUGACACUAGAGCAGCUGUUAAGGAACAAGUCCAAUCACUUGGAGCUGAAUUUUUAGAGAUAAAAUUAAAAGAGUCUGGUGAAGGUGUUGGAGGUUAUGCUAAAGAAAUGAGUCCAGAAUUUAUUGCUGCUGAAAUGGAACUUUUUAGACAACAAUGUAAAGAUGUGGACGUUAUAAUUAGUACGGCAGCAAUUCCUGGAAAGAAAGCUCCCGUUCUUUUUACUAAAGAAAUGAUUUCUUUGAUGAAACCCGGCUCUGUUGUUGUUGAUCUAGCUGCGGAGUCAGGAGGUAAUUUUGAAACAACAAAACCCGGAGAGGUUUAUACCAACGAGAAUGGUGUUCUCCAUAUUGGAUACAAACAAAUGCCUAAUCGCCUCCCUGGACAGAGUUCAGCUUUGUAUGCUAAUAAUAUCACCAAAUUUUUGUUGGCAAUUGGUGAUCAAAAAGAGAACUUUUUUAUUGAUUUAAAUGACGAAGUUGUUAGAGGUUCAAUAAUUUUACAUAAUGGUCAACUUUUAUGGCCUCCUCCUGUUAUUGCUCAACCAUCUCCUACACCUCCACCAAAAUCAAGUGUUGAGUUGGAGACAGUUAAACCAGUUGAGGAGAGCGAUUUUACUAAAAGUUUGAAAAAGGCGUCGCUUUAUGCUGGAGCAAUUGGAUCAGCCAAUUUACUUGGAUAUGUCAGUCCAAAUAUGGGCUUUACUCAAACAAUAACUACAUUUUCAUUAGCUGGAAUUGUUGGUUAUCACACUGUUUGGGGUGUUACUCCAGCAUUACACAGCCCUUUAAUGUCUGUAACUAAUGCAGUAUCUGGAAUUACUGCUGCUGGGGCAUUACAUCUUAUGGGAGGUGGACUUGUUCCUCAAAAUUCAGCACAAGCAUUAGCUUUGGGUGCAGCAUUUGUUUCUUCAAUAAAUAUUGGUGGUGGAUUUACUAUAACAAAGAGAAUGUUGGAUAUGUUUAAACGACCAACUGACCCACCUGAAUACAAUUAUCUUUUUGGUAUACCUGCUGUUGUCCUUCUUGGUUCUUAUUCACAUGGAAUGCUUUAUGGCUUUGAACAAAUCCACGGAAUUGCAGCGCUUACUUCCUCUCUAUGCUGUGUUGGUGCAAUUUCUGGUUUAUCUUCACAAAAUUCAGCUCGUAUUGGUAAUUCUCUUGGAAUUAUUGGUGUAACAGGUGCUGUAUGCACAACUCUUGGACAUUUGCAUCCCGAUCCUCAAACUCUUGUUCAAAUGUGUGCUGCAAUUUCUUCAGGUUCUUUAAUUGGUGCGAUCAUUGCUGGAAGAAUAAAAGUAACAGAUUUACCUCAACUUGUUGCACUCUUCCACAGUUUUGUUGGAAUUGCUGCAACUUCUACAUGUGUUGCUAAUUAUUUGACUGAAUAUUCUAGCUUUUUGGCUAAUCCAGAAGGUGCGGCAGCUAUCAAGACUUGUCUUUUCUUAGGAGCAUAUAUUGGAGGAGUAACAUUUACUGGCUCAUUAAUGGCUUAUGGAAAACUUCAAGGUCUUCUUGCUAGUGCCCCAACAUUGUUGCCUGCAAGAAAUGUUCUAAAUUCUGCUCUUUUACUUGGAAAUUUGGCAGCUAUGGGUGUCUAUUUAGGUACAAAUGAUUUGACUUUGGGUCUUUCAAUGCUCGGAACAACCUCUCUACUUUCUUCUAUUAUGGGUGUUACAUUGACAAUGGCUAUUGGAGGUGCUGAUAUGCCUGUUGUAAUAACUGUACUUAAUUCUUAUAGCGGUUGGGCACUUUGUGCUGAAGGCUUAAUGCUUAAUAAUAAUUUAUUGACAAUUGCAAUGAAUCGUUCUCUAAUUAAUGUUAUCUUGGGAGGUGUUGGAACAAAAUCGCAAAAAUCAGGCCCUGCUCAACAAAUUACUGGAACUGCACAAUUUACUGAUGUUGAUCAGGCAGCAGAAAUGAUAAAAGAUGCAAAGAAAAUUAUUAUUGUACCUGGAUAUGGACUUUGUGCAGCACAAGCCCAAUAUCCUAUUGCUGAAUUGGCAAAAGUAUUGGAUUCGCGAGGAACUAAGAUUCGUUUUGCUAUUCAUCCAGUAGCUGGCAGAAUGCCUGGACAAUUGAAUGUUUUAUUAGCCGAAGCUGGUGUCCCAUAUGACAUUGUCGAAGAAAUGGAUGAAAUUAAUGAUGACUUUUCUGAUACUGAUUUGGUUUUGGUUAUUGGAGCAAAUGAUACUGUAAAUCGAGCAGCUGAAGAAGAUCCAAGCUCUUCAAUUGCUGGAAUGCCUGUACUUAAAGUAUGGAAAAGUAAUCAAGUUAUUGUAAUGAAGAGAACUAUGGGUGUUGGUUAUGCAGCUGUGGAUAAUCCUAUCUUCUUUGAUCAAAACACACAUAUGCUUCUUGGUGAUGCUAAAGCUGUUUGUGACAAAUUACUUGCAAAAGUGAAGGAAGAUGGAGUUUAA